UUCCUUUGAAUGUUUUGGUGAAAUCGAUUGAAUCGAAUUUGCAUAGCCACCCCUCUCCGUCGGCUGUUAAACUUUAAUCUCUGUAUCUUUCUGCGGCGAACUCAUCGGCGAUCUCUUUCUCCGGCAAAAUCAACCAUGAAGGUUAGGGCAUCAGUGAAGAAGAUGUGCGAGUUCUGUCGCACAGUCAAGCGGCGUGGGCGAGUAUAUGUUCUAUGCACAGCUAAUCCCAAGCACAAACAGAGACAAGGCUAUUCAACAUUUGCGUCCGAAGGUCUCAUAUCAACCAUGCCUGUAGUGACGAGGGUCAAGCAGGAUACUUCAGUAACCGAAAGUAUUCGCACAGGUUUGACUUCUCUUGUUCCUGGGAAGACCGAGCCAACUGUGACACCUUGGUGGAAAAGGGGUCUGGUUUCCGUUCUAUUCAACAGUAAGCAGUAAAAAUUUACCACAAAGAGUGUAACACUCAGAUACUCCUAAACAUCGAUGCGUUCUUGAAUUUUGCUCAGCUUUGCUUUCUGUUUUUUCCUCUUAACCCAUCAUACCCUUAAGUACAUGUGUUAUGUGUGCUAGUACAAUUACAAUGAACUAUAAGUAUGUUAGUACCUUCCUUCUAUUCUUCUUGUUAAUUUCCGAGGCAGAUGUCCCUCUCCUUGCUUUGCAUUACUGACCAUGAGAGUGAUUUAUCCGUCGGAGAAGGAAAAAUAGGAUGAAUUUUAAUUUUC